GUAACGGGUCAAGCCCAACCCCUGAAAAACAACCCCACAUCAUUCGCACCACACGAGCAAGAUCCACUAUAUUGCCAAAAGUACUGGGAUGUCUGCCUUCUCACACACAUGAACUUUAAUGGCAUCCCAGUCUUAGUCUGUAGGGUUCAAUACACAUCUCCAUUGUUCUAUAGUCCAGUGGCAGCGUGCUUUAUCCUACUGUAUCCGACACUUUGCAUUCCACUUAGUGAUGUAAGGCUUGGAUGCAGCUGCUCGGCCAUGGAAACCCAUUCCAUGAAGCUCUCUACACACUGCUGUUGUGCUAAUUUGAAGGCCACAUAAAGUUUGGAGGUCUUUAGCUAUUGACUCUGCAGACAGUUGGAGACUUAUGAUACUGUGCGCUUCAACAUGCACUGACCCCCCCCCCGGUGUCAUUUUACAUGGCCUUCCACUUCGUGGCUGAGUUGCUGUUGUUCCCAGUUGCUCCCACUUUGUUAUAAUACCAUUAACACUUGACCGUGGAAUAUUUAGUAGCAAGGAAAUUUCAUGGAUGGACUUAUUGCACAGGUGGCAACCUAUCAUGGUAACACACUUGAAUUCACUGAGCUUCUGAGAGCGACCCAUUCUUUCACAAAUGUUUGGAGAAGCAAUCUGCAUGCCUA